AUGGGCCACCUUCUCUCGAAGGAGCCGCGUAACCGCCCGAGCCAGAAGAGGCCUCGCUGUUGCAGCUGGUGCCGCCGCCGCCGCCCUCUCCUCAGGCUGCCCCGCCGGACCCCGGCCAAGGCGCCCCCACAGCCGGCGGCGCCCCGGAGCCGGGACUGCUUCUUCCGCGGGCCCUGCAUGCUCUGCUUCAUCGUGCACAGCCCCGGCGCUCCCGCCCCCGCCGGCCCAGAGGAGGAGCCGCCGCUCUCGCCGCCGCCACGGGACGGGGCCUACGCCGCGGCCGCCUCCCCUCAGCACCUGGCGCGGCGCUGCGCGGCCCUGGCCGCCGAGGACUGCGCCGCCGCUGCCCGCCGCUUCCUACUCUCCUCGGCCGCCGCCGCCGCGGCCGCCGCCGCCUCGGCCUCGUCGCCCGCCGCCUGCUGCAGAGAGCUGGGGCUGGCUGCGGCCGCCGCCUGGGAGCAGCAGGGCCGGAGCCUCUUCUUGGCCAGCGUGGGGCCCGUGCGCUUCCUGGGGCCGCCCGUCGCGGUGCAGCUCUUCCGGGGGCCGCCGCCGCCGCCGCCGGCCGAUCCCCCCACGCCCCCUGAGAUGGUGUGCAAGCGGAAGGGGGCCGGGGUGCCCGCCUGCACCCCUUGUAAGCAGCCCCGCUGUGGCGGCGGGGGCGGCGGCGGCGGCGGCGGGCCGGCGGGAGGGGGCGCCUCGCCUCCGCGCCCCCCCGACGCCGGAGGCUGCCAGGGCUCGGAGCAGCCGCCGCCGCCACCUCUCUGCCCCCCGCCCGCGUCUCCCACUCCCGAUGGUGCCCCGGCCGAAGGCGGCGGGGACGCUGUCCGAGCGGGGAGCGCCGCCCCCUCGCCUGCCCAGCAGCAGCACGAAGGCGGCGACGCGGACUGUCAGGACCCCCGUGGAAACCCCUGCGACUGCCCUAGGGAGCCGCCCCCCGAAGCCCCAGACAUCAACCAGCUGCCGCCAUCCAUCCUGCUCAAGAUAUUUUCCAAUUUAUCCCUGGAUGAACGUUGCCUUUCUGCAUCGUUGGUUUGCAAGUAUUGGCGUGACCUUUGUUUAGAUUUCCAGUUUUGGAAGCAGCUGGAUCUUAGUAGUCGUCAGCAGGUUACUGAUGAAUUAUUGGAAAAAAUUGCAUCAAGAAGUCAAAAUAUAAUUGAAAUCAACAUUUCUGAUUGUCGAAGUAUGUCUGAUACUGGUGUGUGUGUUCUAGCAUUUAAAUGUCCUGGACUUCUUAGGUACACAGCCUACAGGUGUAAACAGCUUUCUGACACUUCUAUUAUUGCGGUUGCCUCUCACUGCCCUUUACUUCAGAAAGUUCAUGUGGGCAAUCAGGACAAACUAACUGAUGAAGGACUCAAACAGCUGGGCUCAAAAUGCAGAGAACUGAAAGAUAUUCAUUUCGGCCAGUGUUACAAGAUCUCCGAUGAAGGCAUGAUCGUCAUAGCCAAGGGCUGCCUGAAAUUACAAAGAAUAUACAUGCAGGAAAACAAAUUAGUGACAGAUCAAUCGGUGAAAGCGUUUGCUGAGCACUGUCCUGAACUUCGGUAUGUGGGCUUCAUGGGCUGUUCAGUUACUUCCAAAGGAGUCAUUCACCUAACUAAGCUAAGAAACCUUUCCAGCUUGGACCUACGUCAUAUCACUGAACUGGACAAUGAAACCGUGAUGGAAAUUGUCAAGAGGUGCAAAAACCUCAGCUCGCUCAAUCUCUGUCUGAACUGGAUCAUAAAUGACAGGUGUGUGGAGGUCAUUGCAAAAGAAGGACAAAACCUGAAAGAGCUGUAUUUGGUGUCCUGUAAAAUCACAGAUUAUGCACUGAUAGCCAUUGGGCGAUACAGCAUGACAAUAGAGACUGUGGAUGUUGGAUGGUGUAAAGAAAUUACAGAUCAAGGAGCCACCCUGAUUGCACAGAGCAGCAAGUCUCUCAGAUAUUUGGGGCUGAUGAGAUGCGAUAAAGUCAACGAAGUGACAGUGGAGCAGCUGGUGCAGCAGUACCCCCACAUCACCUUCAGCACCGUCCUCCAGGACUGCAAGAGGACCCUGGAGAGAGCCUACCAGAUGGGCUGGACCCCCAACAUGUCUGCCGCCUCCUCCUAACACUCCUGCCCAAGCUCAGCUCCGAUCCGUCGUUCGUUUGGCAGGGCAGAGAGGAGGUGUUGAUUUGGGGUCGGUGAUCUCUUGGGAGGGUUUUAACUGUCACCUGUCUGUGUGUGUACCCGAGUGUGUAUAUUUGUGUCUUGUUUGCAUACUGCAUAGCAUUAGUGCAAUUGCUGUUUAUUCCCAGGUGAGCUGAUGUUUUUCUUAAAAGUUAAAGAUUUUAAAAGGUACAAACCUUUCCUUUGUUAAGUUCAAAGGCUUAUUUCUCAAAAAAAAAAUGUUUCUACCAUGGAAUCAAAAUAUUGAGUCUAUUAUUUUGAGCUUCUAAUUCCUGCCACUUGGUGAUGUCCCAAAAUGAAGGCAACUGCUUUCUUUCAUGGUGAGAUAGACCUGUGUGCUUCUGCUGAUGACAACCAGAACGUAAGUGAUGUUCCACUGGUUAGAAGUCUGGAAACCAGAAAUUUUCAAAUUUUCAUGCACAUGUGCACCCACACGCUCACCAGGGCAGUUUCUUUCUAGAUUGUUUUCUGACGCAGGGGCCCUUCUCCAGACCCCCGAGAGAGCCUGCCAUCCACUACGGCUCUGCCCAGCCCGCUGUUCCCACAGGUGGCCCACCUGCUGUCUGGCAGGUGACCUAGGGACUAGAGAGGAUAAAUCCUUUUGUGACAUUUUUAUAUGGAGGCAGCAAUCCCCUGGCCAGCUCACAAAAGUUAAUUAUUCAUUUACAAAUGUGUUCUGUUGAAUAUUUUAGUUGAGUUUUAUUUCAACAUUGUGUUAGCUUUUACUUCAUGGGUAGUAACUGGUCUGGAUAUAUUUUAAUGAUAUUUGGAGCCAAUCUUACCAUUGUUCACAUUAAAGCCACCAAUGUAAUUAAUAGUGUGAAGUUAUUUUUUAAAAAAUCUACAGAUCAUUUAAUUAUUUUUGUUAAUUUGGGUAAUUAUGAAAUUACAUUUCUGAGAUUUGGGGGUAGUCACAUUAAUAGAACAUUGAGUGAGAUAUAAGUAGACAGUCUUUUCCUUUGCUUUGCUUUCAGUUUUAGAACAUGUUUUUUGGUUAUGUGCAUGUUAUUUUUUGGAUAGUUCUUAUGCUACUGCAAAGAGCUAUUGCUGGUUAAUGUGUGAGUUAAGAAAAAUUAUAAAAUUCUUUCAUUAAAAUUGUUUAAACUUGUCAGAAAUAAGCAUUUCUUUGUUUAAAGAUGAACACUCUUCGGUUAAAAUAUCUAUUGGUAAAUGAAUAUAUGUUUUGAUUUCACACAUCUUUAGAAUUAAUUCAUAGUAAGGACUCAGGCUCAUAUAACCUUUCCUGUGUGUAGAUUUAUAAUGAAGACAGCAGGGAGCCUUUUUAUGCUCAAGAGUGAUUAUCUUUCCCAGUAGAGCUAGAUACAAAACCCUGACUGGUGCGUUUGCUAUUUAUUCUUCCCCAGUGUGGACAUGGCUGUGUGUUGGUCUUUACCAGGUAUACUAAGGUUUGAGAUUCACUUUCUAUAAGUCCCAAUAUUGUAAAAUGAGACUAGCUGUAAGGAACAAAAAAUAGCUUUGCAUUUAAAUGCCCUUCACUUAUUUAUAAUGACUUUCAAAAAUGUAAACAGCUGUUUCUUUUGAUUAUGUCAACAUGUUUCUGAUGUGGCUUUUUUUCUUUUAAUCCAAAUCAGUUAGGAAAAUCUAGUCAGUACCCACCAAGGGUAUUUUUUCCGUCACUAAAUGGAUUGCUAAUUUAAUUUGAAGGGAAUAAAGUUUGUGUAAAGAAAAACAGCUGUUUACUAUUAAUAAACUGUGGUUCUUCUUACACAUCAAACUGUAUUGUUUUCAUUUCCCCUCCACUGAAAAAUAUCUUAAAUCAUAAUAUUUUAACUGGUUUUUAAUCCAAUACUAAUUUAUAAGGCAGUAUGUAUAGUAAUAGUAGCUUAAGUGAAUAAGCAGAAGUUUAGUUUUUAUAUAUGUCACACUAUAUUUUAAAUAGUUAAAGAUAAAGAAGGGAGCACCAUCGAUGGUGUCAUUUCAUUUCAAAGUUGUAAUGAUCUUUGGAGUGUCACAGUUUGGUUGUCGAGUGGCUUCAGAAGUGUGUAACUGACUUUUUAAAACGUUGCAUUGUUUGAACCUUCAGUACAGCACUAUAAACAUGCUUUCGCUUGGGUAGGGAGGGUGGGGGGAAUUGCACUUAUUCUUUAAAAUGUUGACUAAUCCAGAAAGCCUGAUGCAGCAUAGCCUGGAAAACUGCUUUGGUGUAUUUGUAGAAAUCUAUAGAAAUAUCACAUCCAGCCUCAAAGCAUUCAUCUCAAAAGAAAAAAAAACCCAACCAGAAAAAGCAUUACCUUGAGUGAUCCUGUGAUGGUUGUUAAAUGUGUUCUUAUUAGAUGCUUUGAAAUGAGGCUUAAAAUGAUUUUUCUGGGCAAUGUAGAGUUUCUUUCUUCCUCCUUUUCUUUUCAGCUUAGAAUGUCAUAAAUGUAUGUGAACACAUUUAAUGCAGGGCUUUUUAUCCUCUCCAAAAUGUCAACAGUAUUUUCAGAAUAAAGACUAUGAAAUAUAUUGCUGUAGUAGAAAAUUCUGGUCCCUUGUCUUAAAUGUCUUUUUGAGUGGAUAAAGGAAAUUUAACUGGUUUGUAGUUUCUAUAUUUCUGUGAAUCUUUUGACCUUGCAAUGGGUUGCAAUAAAAGAGAAACAAA